AUGUCGAAUCCUCAACAGGGAGGAAGUCACCAGCCUGCCACUGAGGGUGAAAACGCUACUGUCAUCCGACCUACGGAGGUUGUUGAUGCUUCUGCCGCCACCAAUACUACUAUUGCUGGUGAGGAUGAUGAGGGCCUAUUGGAGGAAGAUAACAGCCUAUUGGAUGAAGAUAUGGGGGAUUAUGAUGACAUAGGGGAUUAUGAGGAACAUGUUGACUACAACGAUGACGUGGAUGGGGGAUCGGCUGUCGACAUCCUUCCUUACUCCAUAGUACGUCAACUCCACCCUGCCAGGUAUGGUUUUGAUCCAACUGAUAUUUCUAUCUACAACUAUAUAGGGGAGGAGGCCGAAGUCAGAGGAGCUUUGCCAUUGACGUCGGUAAAGGGCCAAGCAUUGGCCGAUUUUCUAGCUCAUCACCCUUCGACCGAGUUUGAAGAAGCCGAGGAGGUUGAUAUUGGGAUGGUAUACGUGGCGUCUAUGACCAACAACCAUUGGACCAUGUAUUUUGAUGGGUCUAGUACUGAGUUUUCAGUUGGAGUCGGUAUUGUCGUUGAAACGCCUGAAGGACAAAAGUUCCAGUUUGCUUUCCAAUUAGACUUUACAUGCACAAACAAUCAGGCAGAAUAUGAGGCUCUUAUUGUUGGUUUGGAGAUUCUCCAAGAGAUGGGGGCAUGGCGAGUUCUGGUGUUCGGCAAUUCUCAACUGGUCAUUAACCAAAUGAAUAAGGAGUUCAAAUGUACAAGUUGGGGACUUUUAUCUUAUCAUGCUUUAGCUGACCAACUCGCCAACACGUUCGACUGA